AUGGCUCGCGAGGAAUCUGUCUCGACUUCAUCCCAACCACCCUCGAGCAUCUCUACAGGCGAGAACUCCCAGAACACGGCCGCCGCCCAUCGCAGUGGGGUUGCCGGCGAUGGUGCGGGCGAACGGCCUUAUCGCUCGCACCUACGACCAGCUUGCCAGGCAUGCAGGAGGCGAAAGUCCCGCUGCAAGGUCGACGAUGGGGAAGAGAAAGGGUGUCUCAUGUGUCGCGUGCACGGGACGAAAUGCGAAUUCCCCAGCACGACUUCCAAGAUCUUGACAUCUUCGCGGGCAGCUGGGCGCAGUAAAAGGGCCGAGCGUCCACAACCCGGCGGCGCAUCGACGGAGAGGCAACGACAGCUUCGAAUUCGACAGGAGCCGUCAGUCUCGGUUCCUGCACAGCUGUCCGAAACCACGUCCUCUCAGCAGCACUUGGAGCGGGUCAGACACGACGACGAUGCCGCCCAGCAUUCAACAACCCUGAUUGCCGGCCUGGGAAGUCCCGAGGAGGUAGAGAGCUCACACAUCGUGGGCCCCGUCGUGACCAGCGACACCCAGAUCCUGGCGGACUACCUGCGCGCGGACUCGAACCGCGGGGCAGGGAGAAGACUGGCCCCCGCUGUGCGUCCCGGCCGCAACGCAGGGGGAGGGGGAGGGGGCCUCGACAACUCGGUCAUGUUCGCGAGGGUAAGGCGGCGGCCGAUGGGCCAGACGCCCAACCAGACGCUCGCGUCGGGAAAGUGCCAAAUCAUCGAGCGGAUCGUCGAGCCCUGGGGCGACGAGCUCAUCGACACGUACUUCCGCAAGGCCAACGCCUGCUUCCCGCUGCUGGACGAGGGCUCCUUCCGGGACCAGUUCCGGCGGCAGGCCGCGCAUAUCUCGCCGGCGCUGCUGGCGAGCGUCUACGCGCACGCGCUGACCUUCUGGGCACAGCCGCGCCGCGCCGCCGGCCGCCACUGCCCGGACAGCAGGUUCGUCUGGAACCAGGCCACCGACGCGCUGUACUCGGAGCUGCAGCUCGCCCCGGGCAUGUCGACCGUCAUCGCGGUCCUGCUCGACGUGGGCGGCCGCCCGUCGACCUCGAUGAUUGGCAACGGGGUCUUGAUCGGGUCUGCCGUCUCAAUCGCCCACGGUCUCGGGCUACACCGUGAUCCGAGCGACUGGGAUAUGUCUGAGCCGGAGAAGAGGAUCAGGGUGCAGAUUUGGUGGGCUCUGUUCGUCCAUGACAAGUGGGUCAGUCUGGCGUAUGGAACGCCUCCGCAUAUCCAGGGCAAAUUCCACGAUGUACCGCGGCCGAGGGCUGAUGGUGUCGGGAAUGCGAUCUUCCUGGCUCUCGUCAGUCUGAGCGAAGUCCUCGAUGCAUUCCUUGUACACUUCUACGCGUUGAAGUCGGACAGACGCGCGACGUCGGAGUUCGACCCGGGGGCUGCUCUAGGCCGGUGGGAAGAGUCUCUCACUGGUGACAUCCGCCGGCUCAUUCUGCAGGGUAAAGACCUCAGCGUCCCUGGGGUAAGUAACUUCCGCUUGGCGUAUUUAUUCGUCCGCCUCCUGCAGCGGAGAUUGGAGCUUGACAACACGAGGGACGAAGGCCAGACUACAGGCACAGACUCUCAAUCUGGACGUUACAGCCACCUCCGCAGAGCCGCAGAAGAUAUCGUGCGUUUAGUUCAGGAGCUUCGGGCACCGCAGCUCAAUGACUUUUGGUUGCCCACUACCGCUUUCAUCUUCACAUCCACCAUUGCCUUCCUGCUCCGGGUUGCGCUAGAGACAGAGAAGACAGCCAGUGGCUUAGCCGAGAGUACCUCCUUGAGGCUCGCAAAUGACCUCGUGGUUGCAUUGAAAGGUCACCAACAGAACUCGGCUUGGGAUCUCGGCGACGCCUGCAUCGCGCAGUAUGCCGAUGUUGUUGAGGAUUUACGAAAGGCAACACCGCCUGCCAAUGCCGUUCAAAGAAACUCGGAAACAUCAGUGCCUCAGAUGGAAUGGCAGGAUCUCGAUUUCUCGGGCUUGCCAGACGUUGAAGAGCUGUUUCCCAAUCUGUGGGACAUGUUCGACAGCAAUUAUUGA